GCAGAUGGCGAUGAGCGUCUUUCAGUUGACUCUUCUUGCGUGACGUAUAAUGGACUGGACGGGACGCUUCUUCAGGAACAACAAGGCGUCAACUCUUUCAACCACGUCGGUAGCUUGCUAGCCAACAUAAAACUGAAAGAUUGACGUUUUAGACCAUGUUAAUGUACAUUAGCUAAUCUCAGUGUUUUAAACGAUUUUCGGUUGACGUAUCAACUGGUUCAAUUUGCAAACGUGUUAAAGAUUGAUACUGAGCCUAGCACUAGGCUAGUCGCUAAUGCUAGCUAGCUAGAUAACAUCCCUGACCAUGAGCUCACUAAACUACUCCUCCCUUGCUAAUAAAGAGGGGGUCUGCUGUUUGGAGAAAGAAUACUUCAGAAUGAAAAAGGAGGAAGAUGAGGCUGUUAUAGUGAAAGAAGAGAAAGAACCGUUUAGAGAGGAAGAGGAUGCUAUCUCAAAGGUGAAGAAGGAAGACGUUUUGGCAGUGAAAGAGGAAGAGACAGAAUAUCAGAUUAACACCAGAGAGAGACAUGACUAUGGUGGAUCCUCUGGGGAGCUUCAACAACAUCCUGAUGCUGACGUGGCAGAGAAGAGUCUCUCCAGAUCAGAACACCAGAUGGACAACACUAGCCCUUCCUCCCUCCCGGAGACCCUGUAUCGUGCCUCUCCCGGUAGCACCUUACUGCUGGGUAUGAAGAGGUUGUCUGUGCUGCUGGUGGACUGCAGGAAAACAACGGGGCUGAGUGGAACUGUGAGAGGAGGAGAAGAGAAGAAAGGAUCAGAUUUGACACAUCAAAGAGAAAGACCAGACUCAGAGGAACCAGAGCCAGGGAAGUCCAAACAAGCAAGACGACACCAGUGCUCCCAGUGUGAAAAGAGUUUUAAACAGAAAGCACAACUGAAACAACAUGAGAGGAUACACACAGGGGAGAAGCCUUACCACUGCUCCCAGUGUGGAAAGGGUUUCAACCAGUCAGGGGUGCUGAAACGGCACGAGAGAAUACACACAGGAGAGAAGCCUUACCACUGCUCCCAGUGUGGAAAGUGUUUCAACCGGAAAGCAUUCCUGAACCAACACGAGAGAAUACACACAGGAGAGAAGCCUUACCACUGCUUCCAAUGUGGAAGGUGUUUCAACCAGUCGGGGGCGCUGAAACAACAUGAGAGAAUACACACAGGAGAGAAGCCUUACCACUGCUCCCAAUGUGGAAAGUGUUUCAACCAUUCGGGGAUGCUGAAACAACAUGAGAGAAUACACACAGGAGAGAAGCCUUACCACUGCUCCCAAUGUGGAAAGUGUUUCAACCAUUCGGGGAUGCUGAAAGACCAUGAGAGAAUACACACAGGAGAGAAGCCUUACCACUGCUCCCAAUGUGGAAAGUUUUUCAACCAGAGUGGACACCUGAAACAACAUGAGAAAAUACACACUGGAGAGAAGCCUUACCACUGCUCCCAAUGUGGAAAGUGUUUCAACCAUUCGGGGGACCUGAAACUACAUGAGAGAAUACACACAGGAGAGAAGCCUUACCACUGCUCCCAAUGUGGAAGGUGUUUCAACCAGUCGGGGGCGCUGAAACAACAUGAGAGAAUACACACAGGAGAGAAGCCUUACCACUGCUCCCAAUGUGGAAAGUGUUUCAACCAUUCGGGGAUGCUGAAAGGACAUGAGAGAAUACACACAGGAGAGAAGCCGUACCACUGCUCCCAGUGUGGAAAGUUUUUCAACCAGAGAGGAACCCUGAAACAACAUGAGAGAAUACACACAGGAGAGAAGCCGUACCACUGCUCCCAAUGUGGAAAGUGUUUCAACCAGAGAGGAAACCUGAAACAACAUGAGAGAAUACACACAGGAGAGAAGCCUUACCACUCCUCCCAGGGUGCAAACCAUUUGCCCAUUUAGGAAGCCUGAAAGAACACAUUAUACUGCACACAGAGGGGAAGGCUUCUCUUAGCGUGUAUGUUGAUAUUUCACAUCACAUUGACUUAAAAUUCAUCAGAGAACAUACACAGUGCUCCCGUUGUCUAAUAUUGUUGACUGACAAUGUGUUUACCUGUCAUUACCAUAUGAAUUAAAUGGUACAGGGUAUACUCAAACAUAUAUUUGUUUGUUUUUAUUAGAAAACAUGAAUUGACUAUGGAGUCUGUCAGUUUGAAUAUAAAGGAGAUCAGGUUCCUUGUUUUAAACUGUCCUUUUUUUAAACUCUGUGUGUGUUUAUCUGGGUGUGCCAUUCCUCCAGCACUACAGAUAAUCAAGUGAUAUUUGGAUGUGAUGCAUUAGUUCCAUUGUUGACAUUUGCAUUGUUGGCCCACUGAUGAUUUAAUGAAAUGAAAAUGUUCAGACUCUGUAAUGGAAAAUGUUAAUUGUUUGUGUGUCCACAUAACUGAGUAUGUGACUAACCUUGUGAAACUGUCCUAUUAUAAGCUCCUGUUCUUGGGAGUAUCAUCCUGUGUUGCAAACCAAUUUGCACCUGUGUCCUUGUAUGAAUAAAGUCCCGCCCAGGAACAGGAAACUAUAAAGAUAUGUGCUCAUCACUCAAUGCUUCAGGAAUUCAGACUGUCUACACUGUGCUGUGUAACUCUGUUAUUCUCUCUGAGCUCAGAAAUAAAGAAUAUUGGUUUGA